CACGUGGUGUGUACAUCGAAGACUGCCUCGAAUUGUUGGUGACUUGGCUGUUUUCUGUUUGGGAAGGUUUUUUUUCUGUUUGAGAGAGAAUUUACCGAUUGUGACUUAUUGACCAGAAGGUUUUCAUGUUUCAAUCAACCAGAUGUGAGUUGAAGUCGAUGGACAGCAGCAGAGAAUCCUGAUUUUCAAUUUGUUUUUACCUGCGUGUGUUGUCUUUGAGUUCAGACAGAAGUGUCAUGGUUGACAGUCCUACACAGCCAAAUUCUGCAAGUCAGCUUUCACAACUCAAGUUCACAAUCUUGAAGGCUACACUUAAGGAGCAGCCAGGAUGGUUCAGCAAAGGAGAUCCUUAUGUGAAACUUACUGUUGAUGGCAAACAACCCUCAAAGAAAACAGAAGCUGUUCGCAAAACAUGGGAACCCAAGUGGGAUGAUGAGUUUACAGUCCUUGUUACACCAUACAGUCUUUUGGAAUUGGAAGUCAAUAACAAAUUUGCACUGAAGAGUGAUGUACCUCUAGGAUCAGCAAAGAUCCUAUUGAAUGAUGUUCUACAUUCAAAUAAUGGCAAAUUGAACAAUCAUAAUUUAAAAGUGAAUAUUAUCUUGGACAAGAAUGGUACUCCUUGUCAAACUGGUGUCCUGGAAGUCAUACUUGAUGGUAUGAGUGUGAACAUGAGACAUUUUCCCCGACGGGUACCUGCACAAACACCAACACCUGUAGCCAAUGGGCCAGCAACUGCUCCAAGGACUGGAUCACAAAAUAGUACCACUCCAUCCAGACAGUCACAUCCGAAGCCUGCUGAUGGAGAUGUCCAGAGAAGACAUAGUAGACAACCAUCAGGACGUCAGAGACCUGUUAGUACAGGAGCAUUAGCAGCUACUACAGCCACAAGCACUCCUCAGAAUUCAUCCCCUGCAGUGAGCAGCAGAAAUGGUGUUUCCACAUCAACUCCUUCAGUUCCACACCAACUUCAUCAUGGACCAUCACCACCACCACCACCACCACAAGCUGGAAGUAAUUCAAAUGCUGUACAGUCAAGACAGAGGCAAGGAAAUGAGGAUCCAUUGCCUCCUGGGUGGGAGCAGCGUGUUGAUCCCCACAGCAGAAUAUACUACGUAGAUCACAAUACAAGGACAACUGCUUGGGAGAGACCUCAGCCUCUGCCCUCAGGCUGGGAGCGACGAACAGACUCACGUGGAAGAACCUAUUACGUUGAUCACAACACAAGAACAACCACAUGGCAACGACCAACUGCAGAAACUGUCAGAAACUUUGAAAAUUGGCAGAUGCAGAAUAGAGCUUUACUGAACACAGAGAGGCAGAAUUUCCAACAGAGAUUUCUUCUUCCAACGACCUGUGUACCAGAAACAGAUCCUCUUGGACCCCUCCCAGCUGGCUGGGAGAAGAGAGUGGAACCCAAUGGACGAGUUUAUUUUGUAAACCAUAACACAAGAGCUACUCAAUGGGAAGAUCCUCGCACACAAGUGAUGGUUGGUUCAGACACACCACUCCCCAGUGGCUGGGAGAUGAGAUACACAAAUGAAGGAAUUCCUUACUUUGUGGACCACAACACACGUACAACAACAUUCAGUGAUCCUAGAACAGGUGUUGCACUCAAUCUAAAAGGUGCAGCUGGUGGUCCAGCCUAUGAAAGAAGCUUCAGAUGGAAACUUGGACAGUUCAGACACCUUUGUCAGUCAAAUGCUCUUCCAAGUCACAUUAAAAUCACAGUAAACAGAACCAACAUCUUUGAAGACUCAUUUCAGCAGGUGAUGCGGUACCCACCUCAUGAUUUGCGACGCAGGCUUUAUAUCAUAUUUAAAGGAGAAGAAGGGUUGGAUUAUGGUGGUGUUGCAAGGGAGUGGUUCUUCCUUCUUUCACAUGAAGUGCUCAACCCAAUGUACUGUUUGUUCGAAUAUGCCAACAAGAGCAACUACAGUCUUCAGAUCAACCCAGCAUCAUAUGUGAAUCCUGAUCACUUGCAGUACUUUAGGUUUAUUGGCCGUUUAAUAGCAAUGGCUCUUUAUCAUGGGAAAUUCAUUGACCGAGGAUUUACUCUUCCUUUCUACAAAAGAAUGUUAAAUAAAAAGCAAACCAUGAAAGACUUGGAGUCUAUCGAUCCUGAGUUUUACAACUCCCUAUUAUGGAUCAAGGAUAAUAAUAUUGAAGAAUGUGGUCUGGACAUGGAAUUUGCAGUAGACAUGGAGCUUCUGGGCAAAAUUACUUCACAUGACUUGAAACCUAAUGGCUCUAACAUAAAAGUCACUGAGGAAAACAAAGAGGAAUACUUGUCGCUUAUGACUCAGUGGCGCUUCAAUCGUGGAAUUGAGGAGCAAACUAAGGCUUUCUUAGAUGGAUUUAAUGAAGUUGUUCCUCUUUACUGGUUGCAGUACUUUGAUGAAAAAGAAAUGGAGUUGAUGCUUUGUGGAAUGCAAGAGAUUGAUGUUGAUGACUGGCAGGCAAACUCUGUGUAUCGUCAUUACACCAGGAACAGCAAACAAGUGACCUGGUUCUGGCAGGCUGUACGUUCCUUUGACAAUGAACAAAGAACCAGAUUGUUACAGUUUGUCACAGGCACAUGUCGUCUCCCUGUAGGAGGUUUUGCUGAGCUCAUGGGGAGCAAUGGACCACAGAAAUUUUGUAUAGAGAAAGUUGGCAAAGACACGUGGCUUCCAAGAAGUCAUACUUGCUUUAACCGCUUGGAUCUGCCACCAUACAAGAGCUAUGAACAAUUAGUUGAAAAGUUGACUUUUGCAAUCGAGGAAACUGAAGGAUUUGCUCAAGAGUAAUGCUAAUUAAAAGCUUUGUACAACAA